GGAGCUGAACUUUCACACCGGGAAGUUUUCGUUCACAUGUGGACGGUGUGUGUGUGUGUGUUUAACACACAUCUAAUAACACAUCAUGUCAUCAAGCAAAGGGAAAAGCAAAGGGAAAAAGAGACAGAGUGAAGGAGAAGGAGACAGAUCCGCGUCAGUCUGUGAUGAACCGGAUGCGAGCGUCACGAGCGGCGGACUCACGGUCACGGACUUCAUAGACAGAGCUGAAGAUAAAGCCCCUCAGCGCUGGCGUUCAUAUUUGGCUCAGAUGAGUGUGAACACCAUGAAGACUCUGAGCAUCUGCAUCGGACGCCCCGUCCUGAUCUCCAGCAGCGCGGGACAGCAGCAGGUGUGUGUGGCGUGGCCAGCAUCUCAGUUUCCGGGCAGACGUGUGGGUCUUCAGUCCGGUGCUCAGUCGGCUCUGAGAGCGUCGUCUGGGUCUCGGGUCUCAGUGGAGCCCAUCACCGGAGCACUUCUCCCGGCCGAGCAUCUGCGGCUGACGCUCAGGCCUGAAGACAGAGUGCUGAACACAGAAGAGUUCAGGAGUUAUCUCCUGCGGACGCUGGACGCUCGGGUUCUGCUGCCGGGCGGCUCGGUGUGCGUCUCGUAUUUCGGGCGUCAGUGUGUUCUGGAGGUGGAUUCGGUGACUGGUGUCGAUGGAGAGACUCUGAGACGGAUGGACGGAGUCGCUGUCGAUCUCUCCUCACAGCUGGAGCAGCUGUCAUUCCAGGAGAGCACACCUGACCCCUCACCUCUAACCCCUGACCGGUCACAGGACCCCUCACCUCUGACCCCGGUUUCGACACCCUGUAAACUCAGUGACCCGGCUCUCAGCCCGUCCGAGGCAUCAUUCACAGAUCGGUCUGGACGCUCAUCCACAGACACCUUCUACACCGUCUGCAGCUCCACCACACUGAGCCUGUGUGACCCCGGCGAGCAGGACGAGGCCGAGGAGGGGGGCGAGGGGUCAAAGGUCACGUACAGUAUGAUCGGCGGCCUCAGCGGUCAGCUGCAGGUCAUCAGGGAGACCAUCGAGCUGCCACUCAAACACCCGGAGCUCUUCAGAAACUAUGGGAUCCCGCCUCCUCGAGGAGUGCUGCUGUACGGGCCGCCCGGCACAGGGAAGACCAUGAUUGGACGAGCCAUAGCCAAUGAAGUGGGAGCUCACAUGAGCGUCAUCAACGGGCCUGAGAUCAUGAGCAAGUUUUAUGGAGAAAGUGAAGGCAGACUGAGGCAGAUUUUCACUCAGGCCUCACAAAGGCAGCCUGCCAUCAUCUUCAUCGAUGAGCUGGACGCUCUGUGUCCAAGGAGAGAAGGAGCUCAGAAUGAAGUGGAGAAGCGUCUCGUGGCCACUCUGCUGACACUCAUGGAUGGGAUCGGAUCCGAGGGUAACAGCGGGCAGCUGCUGGUUCUGGGGGCCACCAAUCGUCCUCAUGCUCUGGAUCCGGCGCUGCGGCGGCCCGGACGCUUCGAUAAGGAGCUGGAGAUCGGCGUUCCCGGCGCGGACGGGCGGAUGGAUAUCCUGCAGAAGCUGCUGCGCUCCAUGCCGUGUGACGUCUCCGCCGCUGAGCUCCGGGAACUAGCCGACGCGGCGCACGGAUACGUGGGAGCAGACCUCGCCGCCGUCUGCAAGGAAGCUGGUCUUCACGCGCUGAGGAGGGUUUUAGGACCCAAACCUGUUCUCUCUGAUGUCCAGGUGAUGAACAGUGUAAAGGUCACGACCUCUGACCUGAGACUGGCCAUGACAGAGGUCAAACCCAGCGCGAUGAGAGAGGUGGCCAUCGAUGUGCCAAAGGUUCGGUGGAGUGACAUCGGUGGGAUGGAGGAGGUGAAGCUGGCUCUGAAGCAGGCGGUCGAAUGGCCCCUGCGUCACCCCGAGGCCUUCAGCAGGUUGGGUAUAACGCCACCUAAAGGCGUCCUUCUGUAUGGACCGCCAGGAUGCUCCAAAACCAUGAUCGCUAAAGCGCUAGCCAACGAGAGCCAGCUCAACUUCCUGUCCAUCAAGGGUCCAGAGUUACUGAGUAAAUACGUGGGUGAAUCAGAGCGAGCGCUUCGAGAGGUUUUCCGGAAGGCCAGGACAGUUGCUCCGUCUAUCGUUUUCUUUGACGAGAUCGAUGCUUUAGCAGCGGCACGAGGAAGUUCUGGUUCUGGCGUCGCUGAUCGAGUGUUAGCUCAGCUGCUGACGGAGAUGGAUGGAAUCGAACAGCUAAAGGACGUCACGGUUCUCGCUGCAACCAACCGACCCGAUAUGAUUGACAAGGCUCUGAUGCGUCCGGGGCGUCUGGACCGCAUCAUAUUCGUCCCGCUGCCGGACGCAGACACUCGCAGAGAGAUCUUCACACUGCAGUUCCGGAACAUGCCCAUCCAUCCCAGCGUGCACCUGGAGGACCUGGUGACCCGGACAGAGCGCUACUCGGGAGCAGAGAUCACAGCUGUGUGCAGAGAAGCGGCUCUACAGGCGCUGCAGGAGGACAUCAAGGCUCAACACGUGAACGCUGGACACUUCGACUGCGCUCUGAACACCGUCAGACCCCGAAUCCCUCAGACGCUCCUGCAGACGUACACCAGCUACCAGCAGAAACACUUCUGACAC